ACGGAACAGAGCUCCUAGGCCGGACGCGCGGCGGGCUGACCGCCGGGAGGAUUCCAUCCUGCCUGACCCUGCCCGGCCUGACCCUGCCUGGGCGCGCCAUGUUCGCGCGUGGGUCCAGGAGGCGCCGCUCUGGGCGCGCGCACCCUCAGAGACCUGAUGGGCUCCCCUCUCAUGUGAAUUCUGGGAGGGGAUUCUGAGGGCCAAAAGACUGGAUCCUAGGGUCCUGGAUUGAGUAAAGACCUCCUGUGCUUCUGAGGGAAGGGACUUCCCCUGUACCUUGGCAGAAGGUGAUCUUAAGGCCUGCCCAGCGCUGCCCUGGUGGGACAGGCCCCAGCGUGUGGUCGCGGGCCUUGGAGUGGAGAGGAGGGCGUUGACUUCUCUCUCCCCGCCCCCGCACCGUGCCUGUUCCCGCGUCUGCCCCCACCCACUUCAGCCUCCAGAGUUGGAGGACCCAGAUCGCGGCCAGCCCUGCAACUCCUGCAGGGAGCAGUGCCCCGGCUUCCUGUUGCAUGGAUGGAGAAAGAUCUGUCAGCACUGCAAAUGCCCAAGGGAAGAGCAUGCUGUUCAUUCGGUGCCUGUGGACCUGGAACGUAUCAUGUGUCGCCUAAUCUCAGACUUCCAGCGCCACUCCAUCUCUGACGAUGACUCAGGCUGUGCCUCGGAGGAGUAUGCCUGGGUGCCUCCUGGGCUCAAGCCAGAGCAGGUAUACCAGUUUUUCAGCUGCCUCCCAGAGGACAAGGUCCCCUAUGUCAACAGUCCCGGGGAAAAAUACAGGAUCAAGCAGCUGCUGUAUCAGCUGCCCCCACAUGACAGUGAGGCACAGUACUGCACAGCGCUGGAAGAGGAGGAGAAGAAAGAGCUCAGAUCCUUCAGCCAGCAGCGGAAGCGGGAAAAUCUGGGCCGUGGCACGGUGCGCAUCUUCCCCGUGACCAUCACCGGAGCCAUCUGUGAGGAGUGCGGGAAACAAAUUGGAGGUGGGGACAUCGCGGUGUUUGCCAGUCGAGCGGGCCUGGGUGCCUGCUGGCACCCGCAGUGCUUUGUGUGCUGCACAUGCCGCGAGCUGCUGGUGGACCUCAUCUACUUCUAUCAUGCUGGCAAAGUCUACUGUGGCCGCCACCACGCCGAACGCCUGCGCCCACGCUGCCAAGCCUGUGACGAGAUCAUCUUCUCCCCUGAGUGCACGGAGGCUGAGGGCCGGCACUGGCACAUGGGCCACUUCUGCUGCUUUGAGUGUGAAGCAUCGCUAGGAGGCCAGCGUUACGUUAUGCGUCAGAGCCGCCCCCACUGCUGUGCCUGCUAUGAGGCCCGCCACGCAGAGUACUGUGAUGGCUGUGGGGAACACAUUGGCCUGGACCAGGGCCAGAUGGCGUAUGAGGGCCAGCACUGGCAUGCCUCCGACCGCUGCUUCUGCUGUAGUCGCUGUGGACGAGCCCUGCUGGGCCGCCCCUUCCUGCCACGCCGCGGUCUCAUCUUCUGCUCCAGAGCCUGCAGCCUGGGGUCCGAGCCCACGAGUUCGGGGACUUCGGGGACCGGCCGCCAGAGCUGGAGUGCGGGCACAGUCUCUGCACCUCUCGCAGCCUCCUCGGCCUCUUUCUCGGCUGCAGAGGAGGAGACGGCAGAGACCGCCACCAAAGGAACUAGCACGGAGCCAGGGCCUGUUGUGGGCCCUGAGGAGCCUGCCCACUUUCUCAGGGGAGCCCCCCACCGCCACUCCAUGCCAGAGCUGGGUCUCCGCGGCCCCCCCGAGCCACCCCCAGGACUCCCCAGCCAGCCUGACCCACCCCUGGAAGAUGGUGCCUUUGGUCGCCAGAGCACCCCCCGCGUCAGCUUCCGUGACCCUCUGGUAUCCGAGGGAGGCCCACGGCGAACCCUGAGUGCACCCCCAGCCCAGCGUCGCAGGCCACGCAGUCCCCCACCUAGGGCCCCCACCCAUCGCCGCCGCAGCAGCCGCCGCCGCCACCACCACCAUCACCGCCGCCACUCUGGCAGACAUCGCCACCACCAGUGUGACUUGGGAUCGGGGUCGGACUCAGGAUCUUGCUCCAGCUCGCCUUCUAGCCCCAGUUCUGAGUCCUCAGAGGAGGAUGGCUUCUUCCUAGGAGAGCGCAUCCCGCUGCCCCCACAUCUGUGCAGGCUCAGGCCUGCUCAGGACAAUGCAACUGGAACCCCCAAAUCCCCAUCUCCACAGCUCCCCAGGAGCUGGCGCCCAGGGAUGCCUCGCCAGACCAGAGACAAGAACUGCAUUGUGGCUUGAAGGCAGCGUAGUCCUGGAGGGCUCCAUUGUCAAGUCAGCAUAGAUGAUCCUGUCUCCCAACCUGAGUCAUAAAUACCCUUCCUCCUUCAUCUGUUUGUGUUAAUGAAGUAAUUUAAUAUUUGUUGUAAAA